AUGUUUUUUCUCACAAUUCUACUGUUUUCCUACCUUCAAAUGUCUCAGCAGAUUCAGAAAACUACUGCAAAUGGCAAAGAGAUGCUGUCCAAUCCCAGGCUCAUACCUGUUCAGGGGACUUCGAAUGUAGUGAUGAACCAGAACGUGACCCUCUCCUGCUACUCAGACUCUGGAUCUCCACCUGUCAGAUACACAUUGUUUAAAUGCAGUCAGAAGGUAUCCACUUUAAAUAGGCCAGACUUGACCCCUGGUUUAUUUAACUUGACUAUCAACUCUGCCAGUGAUGUGAGUGAAUACAAAUGCAAAGCUGAGAAUAACGUCUCCAGUGGCGGCAAAUACAGCAACAGUCUCAACUUCACCCUUGUAGAGCCAAUUUCCAAACCAGUGCUGAGCUCACCCACCUCUCAAGCAAAGAAAGGCCAGAAUGUGACCCUGUCUUGUCUCUCAGAGAACGGUUCCCUUCCUAUCACAUACACAUUCUUCAAAGGAAGACAAAGCAUCUCUCCCCCAGUGAAGAUGCAGAAGAGGGAAGCAGCUGUGAUUUCUCUGUUUAUCAAUUCCUCUAGUGACUUUGGAACCUAUAAAUGCAGAGCUGAAAAUAGCUUUCGCAAUAAUACAAAAUACAGCAACAGUUUCAACUUUACAUUAGCAGAAGAGAGAAGCCAUUCUCAGGCCUUGAUAAUUUCUCUUGGGCUGAUCCUGCUACUAUUCAUAAUAGGAUUUGCUCUGGCAAUUCCAUUUUUCAUAAUUCCUUCAUAUAAAGCAAGAAAAUCUAAGUCUACUAGGUCCUCAACUGGUCUUACUUCCGCAAUGAAUACAGACAAGUCUGAAAACUACGUCAUAUACACAGAGAUUGAGCCUGCUAAACCAGAAGAAGAAUACGUCAACUUUUCUGUUAUUAGAAGAGAAGAUGAAAAAGGUAAAAACCUCAAGCUAUAA